GUUCCCAACAAACGAUCCACCGAGAUAGACUGUCGACUUUGAGAUAGCUGUCAGUAUGUCUGGUCAGAUUCACGACCCAAUUACGAUCGACGCCGACGUUGACGUCGAAAUGAGCGCCCCCAUCACCAUCGCGCAACCGGCAGGAGGCAUCGAGACCUUCCCCCUCAACAGCCGGAUUCGAGCAUUCUUGAUCGACCUCAACGUCACACAUGAAGAAUCAAGCAAACGUCCAGAGUUUCUCUCGGAGCAAGCUUACUGUACAUUACGGACGUGGGCUUACGAGCCGUCCCAGGCGGUACUACCUACACGAGAUGUCCUAGACGUCAUCUCUCAAGUCGCAUCUACGCCUGGAUGCGCAUACCUGAUUGUCAAGCAUUUCAGACCUCUUUUAGUGGAUGUCUUUGCGAGAUGGCUCCUUACGCAUGACAAUGAGACCAAGAGCGAAGAGAGAUGGGAAACCGAGCUCUUUGUCUUGGCUGAAAUAGCCGAAUUUGUACCAGAGCUUUGGAAUACCGUCAACGCUUUCCUCUCCCAAUCCCCUUUCGCCAAAUCCACCCCUCUUGCGUUCUUGGGCAAAGACGAAUCCAUCCUCUCCAUCCCCUCCACCCGCCUGCACCUCCUCUUGCUUUCCCACUACCGACUCCUCUCCGCCGACCCUCGUUUAUGUCUGCGGAAUCAAUGGACCAAGAUCCCUCUUCGACUGCUCUUCACACGACAUCCGGAUCAGGGUGUCAGGUAUCUUGCCGUACAGUGUUACAUCCAACAGGUCGGCUUGCCGGAGAAAGACCGGGUCGAGCUGGAAGAUCGUUGGGUCGGAAUCCAGACGGAAGAGCCUUCGGCGUUCAUCACUUAUGGAUGGGAGUUCGUGCCCGAGGAAAACGUUGGAUCAGCGGGGAGGAUGGAGCUGCAGACCGUUGAAGGUUGGGGAUUGCGAACUCGGGAGGCGGUCAGGGAACGAAACUACGGAAACCUCGGAAGGGAUAGCUUGGAAUGGAUAUCAGAAGGGGAUUCGCAUAUUGCGGAAUCCGACCUUUCGCCUUUCACAGCCGUUGUUGGGGGACGAUUGACUUUGCGGGCGCAACUGCCGAUACGGACACAUCGACCGAAGGAGCAUUCCCUGCACGUGGAUAUCGAUUCGAAUCAGAAAGCUUUGAGGUCGAUGGCUAGCCUCUUGGAUAGGAGAUUACCGAUCCUCCUGACUGGAAUGGCUUCAUCAGGAAAAUCACAUUUGCUGCAAUACCUGUCGAUGAUGAUUUAUCCUGCAAUACCGGUGAAUUCUAGGAUCCUGACCAUCUCCCUGGCCGAUACGUCGAUCGACGCCAAAGCGCUUCUGGGGAGCUAUGUCUCAUCACCGACGGAGCCGGGAACGUUCACCUGGGUCGAGGGGGCUCUGACGAAAGCGGUUCGGAGCGGAAGAUGGAUCGUGCUCGAAGAUAUCGACCGGGCUGGUCAAGAGGUUCUGAGUCUGUUUGCCCGGCUUGCAGAUAGUUUGGGGAUCAGCAAAGUGGUUGGAGGGCGGGCGAUGUUGGACAUUCCGGGACGAACAGGAAUCGAGGCUGGAGAGGGAUUUGCACUGUUUGCGACCCGAAAGGUCGUCAAUACUCUGGAUCAAACGAUACCCGCUACAUUCCUCGGUCACAACUAUUUCGUCGAGGUCGCCCUGCCGUCACCCACCGAGCUUGAAGUACAGAAGAUUAUGGAUGUCAAGUAUCCCAAACUGGCUGGACCGCCCGUUCAAGCCUUGUCGGUGGCUUAUCAGAAGAUCAAGCAGAUCGAGCAAAAGUUUGCCAAGUCGGCCUUGCCAGGAAGCGGGGCCAGAAGGAGUUAUGGGCUCCGGGACCUCGAAAAAUGGUGUGCGCGAGUAGCAACUUGUCUGCCCGUCUCUGGCGAGAUUGCUAUGCAUGUCGAUCCAUCUGCAGAUGUCAUGAGGUUUUCGAACCCUUCUGUUCAAGAUGAAGUCUUCCUCGAAGGUGUCGACAUCUUCUUGGGCUCGUUCCCGUACCAAUUGAUCGCUCAGGCUGAGAGGAGACAAGCGAUUGCUCGGAUUCUGGGCGAAGCUUUGGGACUCGGUCAGGAAAGGUCGGAUUGGUUGUUGGACAAGCGAGUACCACAGGUGGAGGUCCAAGGGGAUUCGCGAGCGAGGCAGAGCAGCACAGUGCGGGUGGGUAGAGCCUCCCUGCACGGACUCGCGCCGAGGCCGCAAGACCCGAAUGCGCAACCUGCCAGGCCUUAUGCGAUGACGAAACCUUCGGCCAUCUUGUUGGAACGUAUCGCCGCGGGCAUUACGUUGGCGGAACCGAUGCUUCUCGUUGGAGAGACGGGAACGGGAAAGACGACGGCGGUGCAGCACGUUGCAUCACUGCUGAAUCGACCUCUGACCGUGAUCAACCUGAGCACGCAGACCGAGUCGGCCGAUCUUCUUGGAGGUUUCCGGCCGGUAGACGCAGCGAUCCCUGCUCGACAUCUUCAUGCCAAAUUCUUGGACCUCUUCAGGCGCAGUUUCAGUCGUAAGAAGAACGAAAAGUACGAGGAAGAGCUGCGGAGAGCGAUGGUGGGGUCCAGGUGGAAGAGGGUUGCAGAAAUGUGGAUAGGGGCUGGAAAGCUUGCCAAAGACCGGACACUCAAACGGUUAGCAAGUAAAUCUUCCGAACCUGUCGAUCCUCCAAAUGCCAUCGAUCCGGAACAGAGCGGUUCACGAAAACGACGCAAGGUGGCGGACGAAGAGCUUAGCUCGGCGGAUUUGCAGAGCAUACUGGAUCAAUGGGAUUCGUUGCUGAUAGAUAUCGAAACAUUCGAGCUACAACACGUUAAAGCUGGAGGAAAGCUGGUUUUCGCGUUCGUAGAGGGGCCCUUGGUGCAAGCAUUACGAUGCGGCGAGUGGAUCCUACUUGACGAGGUCAAUUUGGCGAGUCAAGAAACUCUCGAAUCCCUUUCUGCGAUUGUGGAAAACGCCGAUGCAUCGGUGGUACUGACAGAGCGAGGGGAUUUGGAACCAAUCGAACGCCAUCCGGACUUCCGCCUGUUUGCUUGUAUGAAUCCCGCUACGGACGUUGGGAAGAAGGAUCUUCCUCCGGGACUUCGCAUGCGCUUCUCCGAGAUCUACUCGCCCCCACCGGAUGAUGACAGUGAAGCGCUGAUCGCCAUCGUCAAGCAAUAUCUUGGGGACGCAGUGGCAGGGGACCGGUCAGCCAUUCUUGACGUAGCGGAGUUUUACAUGGCCAUGAAGACUUUGUCGCGCGGUCGAGAGAUUGUCGACGGUACCAACACGCCGCCACACUUCAGUAUGAGGACGCUAGCGCGCGCGCUCACGUUCGCCGUGGAUGUGGCCCCCACCUUUGGCUUGCGGCGCGGACUCUAUGAAGGCUGCCUCAUGACAUUCACCAUGUCGCUGAACGGCCCGAGCAUGGACACCGCGCACGUCGUGUGUACUAAGCAUCUGUUGAACGGUCUUCGGAACCCCAAGGCCGUUUUGCGUCAGCAGCCGACCGUCCCUGCAGGAAAAGAUCAAGACGACUUUGUCCGGUUCGGCCACUACUGGCUUACGAGGGGACCCGAGGCUAUUGUGUCCGAUCAGGCAUAUGUGAUCACGCCUUCGGUACAGCGCAAGCUCUCUGACCUGGCCAGGAUCAUCCUGACAGGCAAGUACCCGGUGCUGAUCCAAGGACCAACUUCUGCGGGGAAAACCAGUGCGGUCGAGUAUUUGGCCAAACAGACUGGCCACCGCUUCAUCCGAAUCAAUAACCAUGAGCAUACAGAUAUUCAAGAAUAUCUCGGCACAUAUGCUUCGGACCCAGCGACAGGGAAAUUGGCUUUCCGGGAAGGAUUGCUCGUAACAGCAGUGCGACGAGGAGACUGGCUCGUGCUGGAUGAACUCAAUUUGGCUCCAACCGAUGUGCUAGAGGCCUUAAACCGUUUGUUGGACGACAAUCGCGAGCUCGUGAUCCCCGAGACAGGGGAAGUCAUUCGACCGCACCCCCACUUCAUGUUGUUUGCUACCCAGAACCCACCUGGUCUAUACGCUGGACGAAAGGUCUUGUCCAGAGCCUUCCGAAACCGGUUUCUCGAGGUGCAUUUCGAUGACGUACCGCAAGAUGAACUGCAGACGAUUCUGUGCCAACGGUGUGCGAUCGCUCCGUCUUACGCUCACAAGAUCGUACAGGUAUUCCAGGAACUUCAACACUUUCGUCAGGCUACUCGCAUGUUCGAGUCGAGAGACUCCUACGCCACGCUGCGUGACCUGUUUCGAUGGGCUAUGCGGGACGUGACAAGCUAUCAGCAGCUGGCAGAAAACGGUUACAUGCUCUUGGCGGAACGCGCGCGAAAAGAAGAAGACAAAGCUGUAGUGAAGCGGGUUCUCGAGUCGACCAUGAAGGUUUCGCUCGACGAAACGACAUUGUACACGGUAACUCCUGAAAUUACCAGCGCUUUCGGCCGACUCGGCAUGCCUCUCCCACAGACGCAAUCAAAGCGAGUCGUCUGGACCGCUGCCAUGCAGAGGCUUUUCACUUUGGUUGCGUCUGCCGCCAAAUACGACGAGCCUGUUCUUCUGAUAGGAGAGACUGGAGCGGGAAAGACCUCUGUUUGUGAGGUCUUGGCCGACGUGCUGACGCGAGAGAUGUUCUCCAUCAGCUGUCAUCAGAACAUGGAGACAGCUGACAUGCUCGGAAGUCAAAGGCCGAUCCGAGACCGGUCGUCUCGUCUACUCGCGGCUUUUCUUCGUAUGGAAGCGUUUGUAAAAACGGCCUACGGAGAGAGCCUGGAGCGGCCCGAAAGCCUUUCUGCAGCGUAUGUAUUGGCUCUGGUGGAGAGCUACGAGAAACGGGCUCGAUCCGUCGAUGAGAUGGAACACUUGCGAAAGAUCCGACUUGAAGCCAGCCAGUGCGAAGCUCUUUUCGAGUGGCAUGACGGACCACUGGUCCAUGCCAUGCAACAAGGUGGCAUACUCUUGCUUGACGAGUUAUCCCUUGCCGAUGACUCUGUCCUCGAAAGGCUAAAUUCGGUACUGGAGCCGUCCAAGACGCUCGUCCUAGCGGAAAAGGGAGGCUCCGAUGCUGACGUUGUGAAAGGUGCCCCUGGGUUCCAGAUCGUGGCAACGAUGAAUCCGGGUGGGGACUUCGGCAAAAAGGAACUCUCCCCAGCCUUGCGUAACCGAUUUACUGAAAUCUGGGUACCGGCGAUCACCGACUACGACGAUCUGUACCAGAUCAUGGAUCAAACAUGGUCACACGACAUCCUGAAACAAUGCAGCUCGCCUGUAAUCUCUUUCUUCAGAUGGCUGAACGACAAGGUCCUAGAGCACGCGCAAUCUGGCAUCGGAUUGCGUGAUUUGCUGGCUUGGAUUACAUUUUCCAAUCAUUGCUGGUCAAAGCUCGAGAUGACGGUUGCAGAGAUCUUCGAACACGCUGCUCGACUGAUUGUGAUCGACGGCUUAGAACUGCUUCCCGGAUUGGCUGGUCUCAGCAAAGAGCGCAUCGGUCUCGUCCGCGAGGAUUGUCUGGCCAAAGUGCGUGAACUUACAGCACCGAUUCAGGAAGACUCGUCCCGCACGAAGGCCGAUUCAUUUUUGCACGGAGUACAUUCUACGGACGCCGCUUUCGGAAUCGGACCGUUCAUGCUGCCGAAGGGACCGGUACCCAAUGAUCCCAACUCGUUGCCUUUCGCCAUGCAAGCCCCCACUACGAUGGAUAAUCUGCUACGCGUGCUUCGAGCGUGUCAGUUACCAAAGUCGAUCCUGUUGGAGGGCAGUCCCGGAGUCGGAAAGACUACCCUGGUUCAAGCUCUAGCCGACGCUUCAGGACGGGCGUUGUGUCGGAUCAACCUGUCGGAACAGACGGACCUGAUCGAUCUCUUCGGAUCGGAUCUACCGGUUGCUGGAGGUCAAGCGGGCGAAUUCGCAUGGCAAGACGCAGCAUUCCUGACCGCGAUGAAGAACGGACAUUGGGUCCUUCUUGAUGAGAUGAAUUUGGCAUCUCAAGCAAUCUUGGAAGGCCUGAAUGCCGUAUUGGAUCAUCGAGGCACCGUUUUCAUCCCAGAGCUGGGCAGGACCUUUGAAAAGCAUUCUGAUUUUCGGAUCUUCGCCGCCCAAAACCCCGUACAACAAGGUGGGGGGAGAAAAGGACUACCCAAAUCCUUCUUGAACCGUUUCACCAAAGUCUAUGUUCAAGAACAUGAGCGAUCGGACUUAGAGAUUAUUUGUCGCCAUCUCUAUCCCGGCAUCUCGACCGAUGUCAUCGAUGGGGUCAUCGAGUUCAGCUCGCGGCUUCAAGUUGCCGUCAUGCGGGAUCGAGCAUUCGGGUAUGACGGCAGCCCAUGGGAAUUCAAUCUGCGUGACAUCAUGCGAUGUUUCCGCUUGAUGCUGACACCAACCGGACUGGAGAGUGGAUCCUCGCUGGAAGAUGCGCUGACCAUCGUUUACGUUCGGCGUUUCCGCAGCAAGAUCGACCAAAAGGCCGUUGCCCAGCUUCUCAGGGACGCUUUGCAAACGAUAGUUCAUUCCGACGUACGACCCUGGCCUAGGAUCACCGUCAAUGAUUUCAGCGUUGGUCAUGCGCAUGCACAUAGACGUUCAACGCCAAUAUGGCCUGCACGACGCUUGCAGAUCAGUCACCAGACCCUUCAACCGCAAGAAGCACUGCUUCGUUCCGUAUCCGCGGGGUGGCUAACCAUACUCGUUGGGCCUUCUGGAACCGGCAAACGGAGCCUCGUGAGGCAGACGGCUGAGAUACUGGGCACGACACUCGCAGAAUAUUCCAUGCAUCCGGCGGUGGACACCAUGGAGAUGUUGGGUAGCUUUGAGCAGACCGAUCGCAAUCGCCAUCUCGCGGACAUCUUUACGCUGAUCCUGGCGAGGCUCGACAGAGCUCAGCAGGGUGGUCAACUCGAUCACGUGGAUCUUGAGAACGCUGUGAAUGCAUUAGAAGGCUUCACACGACUCCCGACCGACGUGGCUUUACAACAGGCGGUGGCAUCGGCAAGACAGCUGGUGCACGCAUUUGGCGACCGUUGGGAAGCUCAUGCCGGCUCCUCCAUCGACCAGCAGAUCGACGCCGUACUGAAUAGCUCGGCUACGUCUUCGUUCGAGUGGAUUGACGGCCCUCUGGUCAAAGCAAUCAAAAGCGGUGGCUGGUACUUGAUCAACGACGCGAACCUAUGCAGCUCUUCGGUCCUCGACAGAUUGAACAGUCUGUGCGAAUUGAAUGGGACUUUGAUACUGAGCGAAAGGGGAAAUGCUGAAGGAGGAGUUGAAGUCAUCAAGCCGCAUGCCGAUUUCCGACUCUUUAUGGCAUUUGACCCUCGCAACGGCGAGUUGUCCCGCGCCAUGCGCAAUCGUGGAAUUGAGAUUGGUUUUACGGAUGGCACAGUAGACACGACCGGCCGUGACAUGGACACAAAGCAUGGUAGUCUAGGCGACGCGUACAACAGGCUCGCCCAUUUCGAAGCCGCUUCUAUAUGCGAGAUUCCCGUGGGCGCGGGCAUGUCGAUCCCCAACCAGUUCAAGGCUUCUUUGCUCGGUCGCAUGCUCGCGUCGCAGCCAGGAAGUUCGAUCGCUGGAUUACUAGCCAUCUUGCGCGUACUUGUACCCUCGGAACUCAAAAUCGAGCAAACCAUGUACCGCGCCGUUCAAGACGUUUUGCAAUCUGGACGCGCAGGAAAGGGGGUGUGUGGGGACGAGCAACCGCUGCUGUCAGAAAUGUUUACAAAGGCUCUGCCUAUGGCUUUAUCCACCUAUCCGCCGAUGCAACACCUGGAUCCGCACCGGGUCAUUGUUCGAGUCAUCACGAUGGUGAUAGCAAACGCAAUGGCAAGCACCGUUUCCGGCCUGCAGCCGGAUGAGAUGGGUGGUCAAGUCAUCGUAUUCCUGGAGACCGCACGCCAAGAGAUCGCUCACGGCGCUGCGGCCAUCCUUAGCUCGGACUCUGACAAUACAUUCGAUGCGCUGCAGAGCUACCUGCUUCUGCAAGACGUAACUCAGAUCCUGACCGAGUCUUUAUUGUCGUCCGAGGUCACAGACGUUGCUCUUGUGCACUCUUUGCUGAACGGAUUGGCGAAAGGCUUUGUCGUACCGCCGAGUAAUCGUGUCUUGAUCGGCAGCUUAGAUGCACUUAGGCGUCGCGCCAACCCCCAGACUGGUCUCGCUCAGACGGCAUUAUGGCAAGCGAUACGGCGUCCCAGCAACUUUGACGAAGCGAAUUCAACCGUUAUCGAUGCCCUUUCGAAGCAUGUUCAGGUUUGGGGGACUCUGGGGGAUAGGACGAUCGAUGCAGUUUCUGCUAGCAUCUUCGGACGGGUUCAGACGGGAGAUGCUGUGCCGAAGAUCCUUGAGGCAUGGCAGAACCUUCCCGUAUCCUUUGGAAAAAGUGCUUCCCUCAGGAUCAAGAAGCAGCUCGUAUCUGCGAACUGGCUCAUGUUCCGAAACUUGAUCUACAAGCCUGAUCGGGUUCAAGGCGAGACUUUCGGCACGUACACCGAACUCCUUGCGGAAUUGGAUGAGUUGCGCAACGUCCCAUUACUGGGCUUGGCCUACAUCAAGGCAAAUGACGCCGUUCAUCUCCAAGCACUGGACAGUAGAGCUCUAUGGCUGACCCUUGAACAGUCGCUAGCGUCCUUGUGGUGUUCAAGAGACUCAGCUGCCAAGGGAGGGAUCCAACUGAGUCUUGCUGAACCAAUAAACUUGCAAAACGCGCUGUCGCUUAGGUCCGUCACAAACCGCAAGGAUAACAUCCAAGAUCGUACUGAUAUACAUCCCCGAAUUACACAGAAUGACCAAACAGCUUCGCAUGGGUGAAGUCAACAUCAACAAGGACGAUCUACAGAAGGCGAUCAAAUUGCUCGCAGUCCAUCUGAUGAGCGGGUCAAACAGUAUGGCGGAAAACAAUGCCGAUCUAGCUAUCUAUAUGUUGUUGAAGGUCAUCGUAUACGCCAGUGACCACAUAGACGAAGCUGCCUGUUCCCAAUCGGAACUAGCUAU